AUUAACAGUGAAAGUUGAGAAACAUUGAUAUUAUACGACAAAUCCCUUAUGUUAAUACUAUAAUAAGGAGACCUUCUUAAAAAGCAUUACGAAAGUCUUGAAUGUAAAAGAUGGCUACAUUUGAAGAUUAUUGUGUAAUAACCCAGGAGGAUUUGGAAGAUAUGAAAGACACCAUAUCAACUCAGGAUCUCUCAUCAGCGAUAACCACGAUAAAAGAAUACCUUAAAAAGCAGGAUCUUGUAGAACUUAACAUUGGUGUGACAGGAGAGUCUGGUUCUGGAAAGUCCACGUUUGUCAAUGCAUUCAGGGGUUUAGGAGAUGAAGAAGAGGGUUCUGCUAAAACUGGUAUAGUGGAGACCACUACAGAACCAGCGGUUUACCUUCACCCAAAAUACAAAAAUGUGAAAGUGUGGGAUCUUCCUGGCAUUGGAACACCAAACUUCAAAGCUGAUGAGUACCUUAAAAUGGUUCAGUUUGAACGCUAUGAUUUUUUCAUCAUCAUUGCUUCAGAUCGGUUCAGAGAAUGCCACACUCAGCUGGCCACACAGAUCAUGAUAAUGAAGAAAAGAUUUUAUUUUGUUCGUUCCAAGAUUGACUUGAGCAUUGAGGCCGAAAAGAGAAAGAAAAACUUUGACCUGAAAAAGACACUGGAUACCAUCAGAAAGGACUGUGAAAACGGGUUGAGAAAGAUCAGUAUAGAAGAUCCUGUCGUGUUCCUGAUUUCUGGCUGGGAGCUCGGAAAGUAUGAUUUAAAUGUUCUGCAGGAGAGGAUGGAGAAGGAACUUCCACAGCAUAAGAGACGUGUGCUGAUGCUGGCUUUGCCGAAUAUCACACUGGAGAUUAAUGAGAGAAAGAAGAAAGCUCUAGAGGAAAACAUUGGAAAAGUUGCCUUCCUGUCUGCUUGUGUGGCAGCUGUUCCUGUUCCUGGUCUUUCAAUUGCUGUGGAUUUAGCCAUCAUAGCAGUUGAGAUAGAGAAGUACUGCAAUACCUUUGGUCUUGAUAAGGAGUCUUUGGAGAAGCUCUGUGAAAGAUAUGGGAAGAGAAUAGAGAAUGUCGAGGGUCUGAUUAAGUCAGCUUGGUAUAAAGGAAUAUGCACAGGUUCAAUAAUAACCAUACUAAGAGAAAUAUCCUUUCUGAUAACAGAAGAUGCUGUUGAGUCUGUUGUUAGGUUUAUACCCUUUUUAGGCGCUGUGGCGGCAGGAGCAAUGUCCUAUUGGGCUGUGUCAACAAUGCUGAAGAGUGCUCUGAAUGAAGUAGCAGAAGAUGCCAGGAAUGUGCUAAUCAGUUUGCUGGAGACUGAAGUGUAAUCAGACAGAUUUACUGUACCAGCUAUUUAAAGUGGUCACAAGGUUUAUAAUACUCUAUGCUUAAAAGUUAAUUCUUUUGGAAAGAACAAAAUAGUCCUGGCACAUUUUAUACACAGAAUUUGAAUAUACAAUUAUGAUAAACAUUUGUUAUGUUAUAUUGAUUUUUGUUUUAAAUGAGUGAUCUAAGAAAAGCAAUAUAGCCUACUAAAUACUAGAUACUAAAUAAUAAAUCAAAACCAAAUAAGCAGCCUCAAAAGAUAACUGAAUUAAAAAGUACUUUAAGAACACAGCAUGAAACUGUAGUAACAAAUGUGUUGCUUGUUUACAAGCAUAAAUAUAUAAACAUAAACAGCACUUCCCAGUAUUUUAUACUCAGUAAAGCUUGAUACAAAAAGUGAUACAAUUAAAAUUUUAUUUUUCAU